AUGUACGCGUCAAAGUCGCCUCCAAUAUCCGUGGUGCCAAAAUGCCAAAAGGAGGAUUCAGAUGAUGCGGCUUGGGGACUGCGGUUCGGAGGUUCGGGAAGAUCCGUACGAUCCCCGGCCUCCGAACCUGGCUGGUCCAGGCGAUUCGCGUCAGUGGAUCUGGACGAAUGGGGCGCCGCCACGUAUGCACCGCGGUCGUCUCACGAACUAACCGACCCGUUCGAUGCGAGCUAUGCGUGCGAUGCGAACGACACCGCGUGGGACAAUAACUGGGAGUGCGACAGCGUUGCGACGGACACUUCUUCUCACGGACAGGCCACGGAAGAUAUAGCGAUCUAUCGCAGCAGCAGCACCGGGCAUCGAUACCCUGUUGUGAUGACCAGCAGCAGCAUCGGCAGCAGCGGCCAGCGCGCUUGCCAGUGGGGCGACCCGUGCAGCCCUGCUGCUGCUGCUGUUGCGCUGCAUGCCCCUCAUUCUGCCUCUUCUACCGCUCACCACGGAUCUGGUGCUUCUCCGCAUGUCCCGCAUGCUGCCCCUUUGAGGGACGACCGGCACGGCGCAUCUCUCCCUCCCCCUGCGCGCCAAGGCAGCGGCUCAGCCCGGAAGCAGCAGCUACCGACCCACAAGAGAUCUCACUCCGCUGCACCGCACUCAGCUGCACUGCACUCCCACCCCAGUCACCCCGGUCAUGGCAGUCUCACUAGGUACCUGCCUCAUCUCGAGAUCCCAGGGAAAACGGGUCAACUGGGUCAAACCGUUUCGUUAUCCGCGAAAGGGCACCGAAAAACCCACUCGCAUUCUGCUGCAUUGCAUGGCAACACCACUCACCUGGGUCAACUGGGUCAACUGAGUCACACCACUCACCCGGGUCGCCUGACGCCUCUUGAUCUGACAGGUCAAACGAGUCAAGCAAGUCAAACAGGUCAAACGGCUUCCUCCCCUUCCAGCACCUCGCCUUCUCACGGCUGCAGGCGCAGCAACCUUGCGCUGAAGCACACGGAGGAGGAGGAGGCGAAGCAGCACAAGGGGCAGCAGCAGUUGGUGGGGGAAUGCAGCGUGGGCAGCGGUGGUGGCGACGGUGAGUCGAGCGACUCGGACGACGAUUUCAUCGGGCUCUACGCCGCUGUUGUGCGCAGCCGUGCUGGCGCUGGCAGCAUGAAGGCGCGCGCUGGGGGCAUGAAUGUCGGUGCGGGCACUGGCAGCACGAAGGCGUAUGUUAAGGUGGUGGAGCAGGAGGCUGGGGUGGUGGAGCAGGGGGCUCGGGCGGUGGAGCAGGGGGCAGGGGUCAUGGAUCAGCGGGCGGGCACUGGCAGCCUGAAGGUGUAUUCUAAGGUGGUUGUGCAGGGAGGUGGGUUGGUGGAGCAGCGUUGCGGGAGCAUGGGUAUGAACAUCCGUGCUGGCACUGGCAGCAUGAAGGCGCGUGCGGCCAAUUCACACAUUGUGGGAGACAGCGAUGCUGCGAGUAAGAGCAGCAGUGGAAGCAGUGCUGUAGGAGUGGGCAGCAGCGGCGCCGCCGGCAGCACAGCAGGCGAAAAUCACAGCUCAAUGCACCCGGCCAGCACAGCACAGAGGGGUGUGCUGGUCAGCAGGGUACAGAGAACGGCGUCUCGAGACGGGCCCAUUCUGCCUGCUGCUGCUGCUGCUGCUGCUGCUGCUGCUUUAGAGAAUGGUGUGCCGGCCAGUGCUGCCGCAGAGAGGGAAGGGACGGAGGGAACGGAGAGGAGUGACGAGCAGAUGGAGAGGAGGGCGCGGAGGGAAGAGAGGAGAGAGAGAAAGGCCGCGGCAGCGCAAGCGGAGGUACUCCAGAAGGAGAUUUCGGAGUCGAACCAAAACUCGGUUCCCCAGCAGGAGGAGUGUCGGGCAGAACGGAAUUCAAGGCGCAGCUCGACUACCCGAAGCAGCCUCUCUUUGGCCAGCAGUAUUCGAACCAGCAUCAGCGGCAGCCUCGGGGGACGGUGGGCGCGGCGGCUUAGGCGGAGUAUUAGCAGUGGGAAUGGCAGUAGUAGCGGGAAUGGCAGCGGGAAGACGGGAGGAGGGCUGGAGGGCGAGAUGGGUGAUGCUGAGGGGGAGGAAGGGGAUGAAGGGGAAGAAGGGGAAGAAGAGGGGAGUGAACAGUGGAGUGAACAGAGGAGUGGUAAAGGGAGUGGUAACGGGAGUGGUAAGGGGAGUGGAAAAGGGAGGGAGAAUAGGGCGCGGAGGAGGAGUAGCAGUUUCAGCCUGAGCAGCAUCGCAAGCAGCAUCAGCAGCGGCUUCCCCUGGUAUUCCACUGACAGCGACGGCACUGUAACUCCUGUCAGCAGCGCCAGCAGCGUUACCAGUGGUGCGAACACAGGCAGCAGCGCAUUAUCGUCAGAGUCUCGGCCUCCUAAGCACACAAGGUCCCAGAGCUUGGGGGCAGUGUGGCAGCAACCUCAACAGCCUCAGCAGCCUCAUGGGCCGCGCAACCCGUGGGAAGCAGAAGGGCUGGCAUACGGUGCCCAAGGGGCCUCCGAGUUCAAGGGGGAGAAACCCGGGGGCAUGGUCAAGGGGGUGAGCACCAGCACCCGAGCAGAUGGGCGUUGA